GCUUUCUUCACCUGCAUGCACCCGCACCUGUAUAGCGCUUCGCAGGUACAGCAAGAUGCCAGGAUCUGAUACCCGCUGAAACGAGAUCCGUGUCGAGGAUGAAUGAACUCUUGUUGCGCAGGCGGGGAGUGGCGCCCCUUCUCUCACUUCCCCGCAGAUGUCAGCCCCGAACGAGCACGCUUAUUCGGCCACACUUUCGAAGGCACAAUACAACCUCGAACCCCGUCUCGGUUGAUCGACCCAACGCAUCAGACUCACUCACGACAACGUUGCCCACUACUGAAAUAUCCCCGUCCUCGAAAGCCUCCGCAUCGCGAUGGUCGGCUCUUAAGUCCGCGAAACCCUUCUCGGAGUUCCUCACUGAUAGCUUCAACCGCCAACAUGAUUAUCUCAGAAUAAGCGUGACCGAGCGCUGCAAUCUUCGAUGUCUCUACUGCAUGCCCGAAGAAGGUAUAGAGCUGUCACCACCGAGCCGCCUCCUCACCACCCCCGAAAUCGUCUAUCUAUCGUCGCUGUUUGUCGCGCAAGGUGUCACAAAGAUCCGCUUGACUGGCGGUGAGCCCACCGUCCGGAAGGAUAUCGUACCAUUAAUGCAGUCCAUCGGCGAGCUGCGGCGCAACGGUCUCCGUGAGAUAUGCUUAACGACGAAUGGAAUUUCCCUGCACCGCAAACUGGACGCCAUGGCCGAGGCAGGACUUACUGGAGUUAACCUCAGUCUUGAUACCUUGGACCCCUUUCAGUUCCAGAUCAUGACGAGGAGGAAGGGCUUCGAUGCCGUGAUGAAGAGCAUCGACCGCAUUCUCGAGAUGAACAAGAUGGGGGCGGGAAUCAAGUUGAAAAUCAACUGUGUUGUGAUGCGCGGGCUCAACGACCGGGAGAUCAUCCCGUUCAUUGAAAUGGGGCGUGAAAAUCCCAUUGAAGUGCGCUUCAUCGAGUACAUGCCGUUUGACGGCAACAAAUGGAGCCAGGGCAAGAUGGUCUCCUACCAGGAGAUGCUGGCUAUCAUUCGGGAGAAGUACCCCGCGUUGGAGAAGGUUGCAGAUCAUAAGAAUGACACCAGCAAAACGUAUCAAGUACCAGGCUUUCAGGGUCGUAUUGGGUUCAUUACCAGCAUGACACACAACUUCUGCGGAACCUGUAAUCGUUUGCGCAUUACCUGUGACGGGAACCUCAAGGUCUGCUUGUUUGGCAAUGCAGAGGUGUCGCUCCGCGAUAUCAUCAGGAAAGAGAACAAUGGCGAGCCUAUUGAUGAAGACACCAUGAAGAAUCUGCGACUCUUGGAAUCUGCGGCCAACGCGACUGAAGUCCCACAGCGAGAACAAGAAUUGCUCGAUGUCAUUGGCAUGGCGGUAAAACGCAAGAAAGCGAAACAUGCUGGCAUGGGCGAGUUGAAGAACAUGAAGAACCGCCCUAUGAUCCUCAUCGGUGGGUAGGCGCGGCCUCCUUUUCUUUUGGAUAUUUGCAUUUGGGCGAAUGACUUUCAUGAAUUAUGAUCAAUGCAUGUAGAAGGUGUCUCAGUCUGUUUCGUGAAUCAGGCGGUUCAUAGUUGUGAUUUGGUUUUGGAAACUACAUGAUGAUUGAGAUCUUGGGAUGCGUGCUGAUGGAUGGGUUAUAGAUAAUGAAACUACGGGCAAUCCGAUUACUG